CAGCACUGACAGUUUGUUGGUGACGUUUUCUAAUGUGAGGAGUUUUUCACGACAAUUUUUCAAAUUAAAUAUAAUUUAUUUCUAGUUAUUCUGCAGUUGUGAUCCUUCUGACGAUUAUGUAGGCUUUAUUUUUCCGCUUGUAUCGUUAGCUGUGAACUAAUUUAUUUAUUACGAGUGUUUCCACCAUGAUGGUGUCGUCAUUAGUGGCUGGCGCAGUGUUGCUCUUGACAUCCGCCAAUGCAUUUUAUUUACCCGGCUUGGCUCCCGUGAACUACUGCACAGCUGGAGACGACAAUGGGAAGUCCUGCAAAAGUGAGAUUCAGCUGUACGUCAACAGACUCAACACAGAAGAAUCAGUAAUACCGUUUGAGUACCAUCACUUUGACUUCUGUGACAGCGAUGAGUCUCAAUCGCCUGUUGAAAACCUUGGGCAAGUGGUGUUCGGCGAGAGGAUCAGGCCCGGACCUUACAAGAUCAACUUCCUAGAAAACAUUAGCUGUAAAAAAGUUUGCACUAAGAAGUACAACAUCAAUAAUGCGGAUAGUGUUAAAAAGUACAAUUUGCUGAAAAUGGGAAUGGCCCUUUACUACCAACACCACUGGAUUCUUGAUAACAUGCCGGUGACGUGGUGCUACCCGGUGCUUGACGGCAAGACCUACUGCAGCACAGGCUUCCCUAUGGGCUGUCAAGUGCGAAGGGAUCUGGACACCUGCACCCCAAUAGUCUCAACAUCUCCCAACCAGAUCGGCACGUACUACCUGUUCAACCAUGUGGACAUCGAGAUCACGUACCACAGCGGCGGGGAGGAGGAGUGGGGCGUCGGGUUUGGAGAUAAUGGUGGACGGAUUAUAUCUGCUAAGAUAAAACCGGCCAGCAUCCGCCACGAAGACCCGGAAAAGCUGGACUGCUCCAGCCGCGUCCCUCUCGAGAUCCCUGACAACUUACCCGACACGAAGAUACCUUUCUCCAUCACUUAUUCCUACAAAGUCACGUUUGUCAAGAACAACACCAUCAAGUGGUCGUCCCGUUGGGACUACAUUCUCGAGUCGAUGCCACAGACCAAUAUUCAGUGGUUCUCGAUAUUGAACUCUUUGGUGAUAGUGCUGUUCCUCAGUGGAAUGGUCGCUAUGAUCUUGCUGAGGACUCUGCACAAGGACAUCGCGAGGUACAACCAGAUGGAGUGCGGGGAGGAUGCUCAGGAGGAGUUUGGCUGGAAGCUGGUGCACGGCGACGUGUUCCGGCCGCCGCGGCGCGGGAUGCUGCUGGCCGUGUUCCUCGGAUCUGGCUCUCAAGUAUUCGGCAUGACUCUAGUCACACUCGCCUUCGCGUGUCUCGGGUUCCUCUCCCCGGCUAACCGCGGGGCGCUCAUGACUUGUGCUCUGGUGGCGUGGGUGGUGCUGGGAGCCGUGGCUGGAUAUGUCAGCGCCAGGAUCUACAAGAGCUUUGGUGGGAGACGGUGGAAGAGCAAUAUACUGCUGACCUCGAUGGUUUGCCCUGGUGUGGUAUUCGGCCUAUUCUUCAUAAUGAACCUGGUACUCUGGGGCAAGGGCUCGUCGGCCGCGGUUCCAUUCUCCACUCUGGUGGCGCUGCUGGCGCUGUGGUUCGGAGUCUCCGUGCCGCUGACGUUCGUCGGAGCUUACUUCGGCUUCCGGAAGCGGUGCCUAGAACACCCGGUCCGGACCAACCAGAUCCCGCGGCAGAUCCCGGACCAGUCGCUGUACACGCAGCCCGUGCCCGGCGUGGUGAUGGGCGGCGUGCUGCCCUUCGGCUGCAUCUUCAUACAGCUCUUCUUCAUACUCAACUCGCUGUGGUCUAGUCAGAUGUACUACAUGUUCGGCUUCCUGUUCCUCGUGUUCGUGAUCCUGGUGAUCACGUGCUCGGAGACCACCAUCCUGCUGUGCUACUUCCACCUGUGCGCCGAGGACUACCACUGGUGGUGGCGCGCCUUCCUCAGCAGUGGCUCCACCGCCGGCUAUCUCUUCAUCUACUGCUGCCACUACUUCGUCACUAAACUGAACAUCGAGGACGCCGCCUCCACAUUCCUCUACUUCGGCUACACUUUCCUCAUGGUAUUCCUCUUCUUCCUUUUGACCGGCACCAUCGGAUUUAUGGCCUGCUUCUGGUUUGUCAGGAAGAUUUACAGUGUGGUUAAAGUCGAUUAGGCAGUGCAUUUUAAUUUAACGUUUUCUUUUUUGUACUUAGCGACACAGGCGUUGGUAGAGUUUGAUGAUUUCGGAGUGUCAUUUUAUGUUCGGGUUAUGACGCGAAAGCUUGAAUGCUGCAGACAUAGGGAGUCGAGAUAGAAUCUCUUGCUUCGAUUCUAUGGUUAAAGGCAUUCGGAGAUUUUAAAUGCAGUGUAUAUUAAGCUCUUGUCUGCUAAGUUAAAUAAAAGAGUAUGAAACUUUUAUCACUGGGUGAUUUUCUACUCUAUCAAUAUUUAGGUAAAACUGAAUUCUACUUCGUGAGUGUCGUGCCUGUGUUACUAAGUUUAAGUUGUAAAUAAUGUGUGAAUGGGAUGAAAACUGAGAUGGCAACACCGAAGAUUGAUCCUAAAGUUGUCAUAUGAUUGGUUGUUUCAGUAGCCAUUUUGAUAAAUUAUUAACUCUGAUAGGCCAGCGUCAAACGAGAGUGUUGCCGAAUAUUCGCUAGUUUUCAUCCCCAUUGCAGUAAUGGCACGAUGGUCGGAUGAAUUUCUGCACAAUGAUUAUGAACUUCUGAAUGUAUAUGAGGCCAGAUUAUUUCUAAUAAUAAAUUUAUAACUUAUUAGUGAGACUGAUUUCUGAAAACAGUUGGUUCUGUUUGGUAUGUUAGUAAUGUAAGUACUUAAACAUAUCGAACUUAUUCGAAUAAAUAAACGGUACCUGUUGAUUGUUGACGAUUUCGAAUAACCAAUUGUUUUCGAUGUUCAUGAUUUGAAGAAGCAUCACUAGUAUUUUUUCUUGUAUUAUUAUUAGUUUAUUACCUACGUGUGCAAAUUAUGUAUUUUUUUAUGUUUAAAUUAUCGAUAAAAUUAUCUUUAUCAACUAAUUACUUUGAAAUGCUUAUGCAGAUGUAAGUCAGUUGAAUAUAAACAAUAAAUUGACUAUUUUAUA